GUACUGGCUUUUACAGAAUUAGUAGUGACAGCGCUGUUUCUCGAUUCGCGUGUACUGCAAUGGAUUUAACCUAUAUUUUAGUUGAAAAUAAUUUAAAAAGAAGAUUAAUUAAACGAUAAAUUAUGUAGUUAUCUUAUCUCAUGGAACGAUUGCUGGAGGCAUAAAUAAAGUUGCGCAGUAACGAACCAAACUUAUAGCCGAAAGUGUAUUAAAUUGUACAAUGAUAUUAAUUUCGAGGUUGUUGGAAUUAGCAAAUAGAAAAUGGUUUAGCGUUCAAAAGAAAACAACAAGAAGCGUACAAUCCGCUAAACAUGUAAUAUUAAGCGGUGGAAUGAUUAUCAUUACUGGAAUUCUUAUUAUUUGGUUAUCAGUAUUUCUGUACACAGCAUUUUACUAUGCGUACAUGCCGAAUAUGUCAUAUGUACGGCCGGUACAUUUACAAUUCAGAUCUUGCAACGCACAGAAAGGGAUAUGUAGCUUUCCUACGGCAUAUGUGCAGUUGACGAAUAAACAACAGUUGCUUAUGGUUGGGCAACCGUAUAAAGUAAGCUUGCAUUUAGAAAUGCCAGAAUCUCCUGCUAAUAAAGAACUUGGUAUGUUUAUGGUCUGCGCCGAAUUACAUAGUAGAGACGGUAUCAUCGUAGAAGACGUAUGUAGGUCAGCCAUGAUGCAUUAUCGCAGUACAUUGUUACAUACGAUAACAACGUUUACAUUGUCGCCUAUGAUGAUCUUUGGUAGCGUGGAAGAAAAACAAAAUUUAGUGCUCGAAUUGUUUGGUAAUUUUGAAGACGAUCAGAGCCAUCCUGUGACAGACGUAUCGAUCGAGAUACAAUCUAGACACAUUGAAUUUUAUUCAGCUACCGUUACGAUAAAUGCACAUUUAUCUGGUUUACGCUAUCUUAUGUUUCACUGGCCAAUUUUGUCUGCCGUCGUUGGAAUUAGUACAAAUUUGUUUUUCAUAGCUCUCGUAUGCACCCUGUCUUACUUUCACUUCACCUCCUACGAAGAUAACAAUUACGAUAGUUUUAAUUACGAAGAAGAAAUGAAAGCGAACGAAAAAAAGGGAUGCAAAAACAACUCGAACACAGAAGAAAAGAAAGAACAUACAAACGGUCAUGAUCAACUAUCGGAUUCAUCGUCUUCGGAAGAACCUUUCACAUUACCAGACUAUAUCGACAACGACGAUCCACUCUCUUCGCAUAUCGAACAAUUAAACUGAUUUACCACGGUAGCCGGUUAAAAAAUUGUUUAGAAAUUUUCACCGAACGAGUAGGGCUUAUCGAUAUGGCCAGCUUUUAUUCCAAUUGUUGUUUAUACUUUUAACAUUCGUCGAGUUCGUGUUUCAUCAACGAUAUUUCUGGCAUUAUAUUAUUCGUAUUUUGCUUAUAUUCUUUCGCGUGUCUAUGUACGAUACGUAAACAGUCUUUUAUUCCGCAAUGAUCUCUUAGACAUGGUACAAUGUGUAAUAUUUCUGUCGUUCCAAUAAUUAUAAGCAUUUCGAAAUCGUUAUCCAAUCGUAUCACCGGAGCGACGAUGAUUCUGCCUGAGAAAAUAAUGGAAUUAAGUUUUUUUCGUCCGGCACAAAUAUAUUAUUUCGCUCUACAUUCGCCCUAUUACUUUUUCAUGUAAACUCACGUCCGUUUCGAUUGUAUUAGGAUUAUCGGCCUAUCAUGUAUUUAAUAUUAUAUCGUUACGCUUUUGCUAAAUUGUUGAACAAUUAUUAGCGAUCGAUGCGAAGUCUCUCGUGAUCGUAUCGCUUCGAAAUGUAUCGCAUAGGAGUACGUUGUUGAAGCAAUUAAAUAAUACGACUUCUGGAAGUCGAAGGAGUAAUUUUCAACGAGACCGACUCGUUGCGACUCGAGGCUCGGACAGCCGCGCUCGUUGAUAUCCAUGUUUCGCUAAUUGAUUUUCCUAAACAGCUCGAAUAGCUUUUCGAUGGAGCGAAUCAAUUAUAUUGCUAUCGUUUUAAUAAAAUCGGCGAUGUUAACGGAGAAA